GGAAGCGAAUGACAUCACCGCAGGUCAAAGAAAAAGGGGAGAGAGGCAGGCGAGAGGAAGAGUGGGGCGUUUGGCAUUGGAGCUCGAGCCCAGCCUGCCCUGGCAAGGACCUGGGCGUCCCCAGAGACCAUGCAGAGGUCGCCUCUGGAAAAGGCCAGCGUCAUCUCCAAACUUUUUUUCAGCUGGACUACACCAAUUUUGAAGAAAGGGUACAGACAGCGCCUGGAGUUGUCAGACAUAUACCAAAUCCCUUCAGCUGAUUCUGCUGACAAUCUCUCUGAAACAUUAGAAAGAGAAUGGGACAGAGAGCUGGCAUCAAAGAAAAAUCCCAAACUCAUUAAUGCCCUUCGGAGAUGCUUUUUCUGGAGAUUUAUGUUCUAUGGAAUCUUAUUAUAUUUAGGGGAGGUCACCAAAGCAGUCCAGCCUCUUUUACUGGGAAGAAUCAUAGCUUCCUAUGAUCCAGAUAAUAAAGUGGAACGCUCCAUCGCGGUUUACCUAGGCAUAGGGUUAUGCCUUCUUUUUAUCCUGAGGACACUGCUACUGCACCCAGCCAUUUUUGGCCUUCAUCACAUUGGAAUGCAAAUAAGGAUAGCUAUGUUUAGUUUGAUUUAUAAGAAGACUUUAAAGCUGUCAAGCCGUGUUCUAGAUAAAAUCAGCAUUGGACAACUUGUUAGUCUCCUUUCGAAUAACUUGAACAAAUUUGAUGAAGGACUUGCAUUGGCACAUUUCGUGUGGAUCGCUCCUUUACAAGUGACACUCCUGAUGGGGCUGCUUUGGGAAUUGUUACAGGCCUCUGCCUUCUGUGGACUUGCUUUCCUCAUAGUCCUCGCCAUUGUCCAAGCUGGGCUGGGGAGAAUGAUGAUGAAGUACAGAGAUCAGAGAGCUGGGAAAAUCAAUGAAAGACUCGUGAUCACCUCAGAAAUUAUUGAAAAUAUCCAAUCUGUUAAGGCAUACUGCUGGGAGGAAGCAAUGGAAAAAAUGAUUGAAAACAUAAGGCAAACAGAACUGAAACUGACCCAGAAGGCAGCCUAUGUGAGAUACUUCAAUAGCUCAGCCUUCUUCUUCUCAGGGUUCUUUGUGGUGUUUUUAUCUGUGCUUCCCUAUGCAUUGAACAAAGGAAUCAUCCUUCGAAAAAUAUUCACGACCAUCUCAUUCUGCAUUGUUCUGCGCAUGGCAGUCACUCGGCAAUUCCCCUGGGCUGUACAAACAUGGUAUGAUUCUCUUGGAGCAAUAAGCAAAAUACAGGAUUUCUUACAAAAGCAAGAGUAUAAGACAUUGGAAUAUAACUUAACAACUACAGAAGUAGUGAUGGAGAACGUAACAGCUUUCUGGGAGGAGGGAUUUGGGGAAUUAUUUGAGAAUGCAAAACAAAACAAUAAUAAUAGAAACAUUUACAGUGGUGAUAACAGCGUCUUCUUCAGUAACUUCUCACUUCUUGGUACUCCUGUCCUGAAAGAUAUUAAUUUCAAGAUAGAAAGAGGACAGUUGUUGGCAGUUGCUGGAUCUACUGGAGCAGGCAAGACUUCACUUCUGAUGAUGAUUAUGGGAGAACUGGAGCCUUCUGAGGGUAAAAUUAAACACAGUGGAAGAAUUUCAUUCUGCUCUCAGUUUUCAUGGAUCAUGCCUGGCACCAUUAAAGAAAACAUUAUCUUUGGUGUUUCCUAUGAUGAGUAUAGAUAUAGGAGUGUCAUCAAAGCAUGUCAACUAGAAGAGGACAUCUCCAAGUUUGCAGAGAAAGACAAUAUAGUCCUUGGAGAAGGUGGAAUCACACUGAGUGGAGGGCAGCGAGCAAGAAUUUCUCUAGCAAGAGCAGUAUAUAAGGAUGCUGAUUUGUACUUAUUAGACUCUCCUUUCGGAUACCUAGAUGUUUUAACAGAAAAAGAAAUAUUUGAAAGCUGUGUCUGUAAAUUGAUGGCUAACAAAACUAGGAUCUUGGUCACUUCUAAAAUGGAACAUUUAAAGAAAGCUGACAAAAUAUUAAUUUUACAUGAAGGUAAAAGCUAUUUUUAUGGGACAUUUUCUGAAUUACAAAAUCUACGGCCUGACUUCAACUCAAAGAUCCUGGGGUAUGAUUAUUUUGACCAGUUUAGUGCAGAAAGAAGAAAUUCAAUCCUAACUGAGACUUUACGGCGUUUCUCAUUAGAAGGAGAUGCUGCCAUCCCCCGGAAGGAAACAAAAAAACAGUCUUUCAAACAGACUGGAGAGUUUGGUGAAAAUAGGAAGAACUCUAUUCUCAAUCCAAUCAACUCUUUAAAAAAAUUUUCAAUUGUGCAAAAGACUCCAUUGCAAAUGAAUGGCAUUGAAGAAGAUUCUGAAGAGCCUUCAGAGAGAAGGCUGUCCUUGGUUCCCGACUCUGAGCAGGGAGAGGCUAUCCUGCCCCGAAGUAACGUGAUUAACACUGGUCCCACGUUUCAAAGGCGAAGGAGGCAGUCUGUCCUGAACCUGAUGACACGCUCUUCAGUGAACCAAGGUCAACUCAUUCACCGAAACAGAGCUGCAUCCACACGGAAAAUGUCACUGGCCCCUCAGGGGGACUUAGCGGAAAUGAAUAUAUAUUCAAGGCGUUUAUCUCAAGAUAGUAGUUUAGAAAUAAGUGAAGAAAUUAAUGAAGAAGAUUUAAAGGAGUGCUUUUUUGAUGAUGUGGAGAGCAUACCAUCAGUGACUACAUGGAACACAUACCUUAGAUAUGUUACUGUCCACAAGAACUUAAUUUUUGUGCUAAUUUGGUGUUUAGUUAUUUUUCUGGCUGAGGUGGCUGUUUUUUUGGUUGUUUUGCGGCUACUUAAACAAACACCUUCUCAAGACAAAGGGAAUAGUAUUGGGAGUACAAAUAACAGCUAUGCAGUGAUCAUCACCAACACCAGCUCAUUUUAUGUUUUUUACAUUUAUGUGGGAGUAGCCGACACUUUGCUUGCUCUGGGAUUCUUCCGAGGUUUACCACUAGUGCAUUCUCUAAUCACAGUGUCAAAAAUUUUACACCACAAAAUGUUACAUUCUGUUCUCCAUGCACCUAUGUCAACCCUCAACACGUUGAAAGCAGGUGGGAUUCUUAAUAGAUUUUCCAAAGAUAUAGCAAUUUUGGACGAUCUUCUGCCUCUUACCAUAUUUGACUUCAUCCAGUUGGUAUUAAUUGUGAUUGGAGCUGUAGUAGUCGUCUCCGUUUUAGAGCCCUACAUCUUCUUAGCAACAGUGCCAGUGAUCGCUGCUUUUAUUAUGUUGAGAGCCUACUUCCUCCACACCUCCCAGCAACUCAAACAACUGGAAUCUGAAGGCAGGAGUCCAAUUUUCACUCAUCUGGUUACAAGCUUAAAAGGACUAUGGACACUUCGUGCCUUUGGACGUCAGCCUUACUUUGAAAUACUAUUCCACAAAGCUUUGAAUUUACAUACUGCCAACUGGUUCUUGUACCUGUCAACACUGCGCUGGUUCCAAAUGAGAAUAGAAAUUAUUUUUGUCAUCUUCUUCAUUGCUGUUACCUUCAUUUCUAUUUUAACAACAGGUGAAAGAGAAGGAACAAUAGGUAUCGUCCUAACAUUAGCCAUGAAUAUCAUGGGUACAUUGCAGUGGGCUAUAAACUCCAGCAUAGAUGUGGAUAGUUUGAUGCGAUCUGUGAGCCGAGUCUUUAAGUUUAUAGACAUGCAAACAGAAGAAAGUAAAUCUACCAUGUCAAGCAAACCAUCCACGGACAGCCAGCUCUCGAAAGUUAUGAUUAUUGAGAAUCAGCACUUGAAGAAAGAUGACAUCUGGCCCUCAGGGGGCCAAAUGACCGUCAAAGACCUUACAGCAAAAUAUAUAGACAGUGGGACUGCCAUAUUAGAGAACAUUUCCUUCUCAAUAAGUCCCGGCCAGAGGGUGGGCCUCUUGGGAAGAACUGGAUCAGGGAAGAGCACUUUGUUAUCAGCUUUUUUGAGACUGUUGAACACCGAAGGAGAAAUUCAAAUAGAUGGUGUGUCUUGGGAUUCAAUAACUUUGCAAGAGUGGAGAAAAGCCUUUGGAGUUAUACCACAGAAAGUAUUUAUCUUCUCUGGAACAUUUAGAAAAAACUUGGAUCCCUACGAACAGUGGAAUGAUCAAGAAAUAUGGAAAGUUGUAGAUGAGGUUGGACUCAAAUCUGUGAUAGAGCAAUUUCCUGGGAAGCUUGAUUUUAUCCUUUUGGAUGGGGGUUUUGUCCUAAGCCAUGGCCACAAGCAGUUGAUGUGCUUGGCCAGAUCUGUUCUCAGUAAGGCAAAGAUCUUGCUGCUUGAUGAACCCAGUGCUCAUUUGGAUCCAGUAACAUAUCAAAUCAUUCGAAGAACCCUAAAACAAGCAUUUGCUGAUUGCACAGUGAUCCUUUCUGAACACAGGAUAGAGGCAAUGUUGGAAUGUCAACGAUUUUUGGUCAUAGAGGAGAACAAAGUGCGGCAGUAUGAUUCCAUCCAGAAACUGCUGAGUGAGAAGAGCCUCUUCCAGCAGGCCAUGAGCCCCUCGGACCGACUGAAGCUCUCACCCCACCGGAACUCAAGCAAGCACAAGUCUCGAUCCAAAAUCACUGCUCUGAAAGAGGAGACAGAAGAAGAGGUGCAAGAAACCAGGCUUUAGAAAGCAGUAAGAAUAUUUGCAUGGAAUGCUCACAUGUGGAGUUGUAGGAGAAAACAGUAUGUGCCUCAGAAAACAAGGAUGAAUAAUGUUAUUUUUAAGAAGGAAACAUUUUGGUAAGAGGAAUUAAGGACCUUCACUUAGGUCUAGAUAAAUGGCUUCCCGGCAAUGGUCAAAUUGUGUGAAAGGUACUUCAAAUCCUUGAAGAUUUACCACUUGUGUUUGUGAGCCAGAUUUUCCUGAAAACCUCUUCUUUUUGGUAGUCAUUGGAAAGGUGGCUGUAAAAGUGAGCCAGCUUAAUUGUAAAACUUACUGUUUAGUGAAAUUUGUUGAUUUGUAUUACUGGAGAACUGUAAUCAUACUAUUUAGAGAUAUGAUUAACUUAAAACUUUAGUGGCUUAUAUUCCUUUUACUCUGAUUUCUCCAAGAUAUUUAAAAACACAGCUAUAUUGUCUGAUAAGUAUUCAGACUGUCCCAUUUCUGUGCAAGUAUUAGGAUACUGUGAGAGUCACAAGACAGCCCAUGCAACAUCUAGGUAUCAGUCAGGAGAGAGAAUGUCCUGAAUCCUGGAAGUCAGGGUUAGUACCAUUCUGUUCUACCAAAAAUUCAAAUAAUUCAGAUAAUAAGAAUGCAUCCCUUACCUGGAAAAAAGGUUGUUACAGUCUCAUGUAGGGAACAGGAUAGCUUUGUUCAUGUGGAAGCUGACAUGCCUUUCCCCAGCUUCCAGAAACUAACAAUAAGCUCCUAAGACCUCUGAACUGAAAGAUGGCUGGAAAAAUGUUUUAAUGCAAAUUGGUGCAGAAAAACCCUUCUUAUCACAGAAGCUCCAGGUAGUGAACACCCAGGCAGCUAAGCCAUGGGGGCUGCAGGUAUAAGUACCUGAAAUCAGAAUAUCUAGGUAUAUGUGGAGUGAUGUUGCAUGUUUUCAGACUCAUUAUAUGCACAUCAUACCCUGUGUACUGAGUGGGAGAGGUAAUGGGAGACACACUAAGGAAGAAUCAAUCAUGGGUUAAUUCUAUAUGCUUCUGUUUUAUAAUUUUGUGAUGCAAAUGAAAUUUUCUCUAGGAAAUAAUAUUUAUUUUAAUAAUGUUUCAAACUCCUAUAUAAAUGGCUAUAUUUUAAGAAUGAUUAUAUUAUGAAUUAUAUUUGUAUAAAAAAAUUUUAUAUUUGAAAUUUUGACUUUUAAUGGUACUAGCUAUUUUUAUGAUAUAUUAUGUUAAAACUGGGGGGGAAACUUAGGAUGAUGUCGACCAGGGACUAUGAAUUACCUUGAAGGUGUGGAGAGAAGCAUUAGGGCUCACACAGAUGUUGCACACACCUGGAUAAUUCCCAGGCAGCACACAGGUUCCCUCUUAGGUGCAGCUCUAAAGAAAAUAGUACCACAAAAUCUGACUACUUCUAUCAAGGACACACUACCUUCCAAUUCCAAACUAACCCUAAAGAUUGCAUUCUAUUUUUUACUGUAAGAAAAUAUCAUUUGUCAAUAAAAUCCACAUAUUUGUGUGAAA